UCUUAAAUACAUUACGCAGUUUAUCGGAAAUAAUUGCUAAAAAUAAUACUUUUACAAUGAUCAACCUGUUAUUAAACGAGUGAGAAAAUGACGAAAUUGUUUGUAAUGCUUGUAUGUGCAAUAUGUAUCACUAUAUACCAGAGCAACGGUAUCCAACUAAUCGACAUACCAAAAGAAUAUAUCAACCGCUUGGACCUCAGAUCGCGACUCUACCAGAGAUACAAAGUGAAACCUUUCAGACCCUUGAGGUCCAUGAAACAGAUCCAGGCGAGAAGGCAGGGCACAGACAUGGACCAAGUAAACAAAGAAUUAGAUAAUACAUUGAAAGAAAAGAUUGGAUUUAUUAUCGAGCAGACGCUUAACGAUGCACGCAAGGAACUAUCUAGUAUAAACGAUUUAAAAGCGCGAUAUAAUACUACAGCGGAGUACAGAAUAGGUUUCCUCAUGUACAUGGUAAAGCGGUCUCGAGACGUGAUGAACGAGCUCUUCACCGUGGCCGUGAACCACAAGGAGGACUGGAAGGCCCUGGACCAGCUGAAGAUCUUCGAAUUGAUUAUCCACACUAAUGUGGAUACCAGCAACCUGCUGCGUCAGCUGCUGGAGAUAGCUAUCCGGGAGGCACCCAGGAGGGGGCAUUCAGAGGAGCGGCUUAGAAAAUUGAGAGUCGCCUUGUUAUAAAUAA